CCACCUUGAGAGUAGCGCACAAGAGCAAAUGCGGUCACACCGUAAGUACAUAAAACGGCGUGCCUCUCAGCUUCUGUAGUCUGCGACACUUCAUCAGUCUCAAAUGGAUGAAUACGUAGCUAUAAUGCUUAUCAAAGGACAGUGCCAACUUGCGCGCAGUUGAUACUUGUCCUAGGACGACAAUUUAUCAUGUUACACAAUUUGCAUGAUUGCAUGCAUGCCAUGAGCAAUAUACUAUUAAGAGGAAAGUUCUAAAAAUGAGGGCCAGCGUUAGGAGAGGGGUGUUGGUUUUCGGUCACUGUCCUUGGGCCAGGAAGACUAUGCUGGUGCUUGCGAUGGUCCUCUCGGCGUUUGGAAAAGCUCUUGCAGCGGAGAGCGUUUACUAUGUGAGGACUGGGCAGGACCUCGCCCUGGCAUUUGCAGCGUCCACACGCGGCGUCAGCUCAGCUAUCGUUCUGCAGGACAUUUGGGCUCGUGAGGAAGACUGGGAGGGUGUCCUGGUAAACGGGACUGAGCCCAUAACUCUUGCCAUGGAUUUCACUCUCGCGGGCGACCCGUCGCUGCCGUCUUGGCCGCUGCUGAACAUGGGGUUCAUAAAGGACAAGAUACGAAUCGCCAGUGGGGUCACCAUGGUUGUUCGCCACCUGGUAAUCGGCGACUUCAGGAGCGGGCUGAUUACGCAGGCCCCUGGGUUCGACCUGGCAGCGCCCACGCUGUUGCCCACACCGACCAGUCCGCCAGGGCUUCUACUGCACCAGGAGACAGUCGUGCUCUACAGCGUGUGCUUCCCCAAGCCGGUGUGGGCUCAGGCGCUGGGCGGCGUGGCGCGCCCGCCGGAGCUGCCGCCCGCCAACCAGACCUGGUCGCUCAGCAUGCCGCAAGACGGCUGCCUCAAUGCCAGCGCGACCCAGGACGCGCGGCCAGCGCCGUGGCUGCUACAGCCGCCGCUGCCGUCGCGGUGUUGGAGCGACGCCGGCAUGAUCCCAGACAUGGGUUUUAUGGGCGCGGACGCGGACGCCACCGGGCGCCUCUUUCCCAACCACUACAACCUGUGGCUCACCAACGUCACCUACCUCUGUGCCAACACAAUGAGCCUGCCAUGCAUCCAGCGCUUCGCGCCGUACGGGUGCGCGGUGGGAACCAUCGCGAACAGCACGGUGGGCCUGCCGUGGCGGCUGCCGCCGCUGGGGGGCCCGGAGGGCGUGAUGCGCGUGCGGAGCGGUCGCGAUCUGGCCGCGGCAUUCGUGUCGUCGCCGCACGUGCACACGGCCGUGCUAAUGAACGACGUGUGGGCGCGCGAGGCGGACUGGGCUGGGCUGCUGCUGCCGAGCCGCACGGUUUCCACUGCCGCUGCCGCCACAAACGGCAGCACUACUGCCGCCGACGCUAACAGCAGCAGCAGCAGUACGGCAGGCAACACCACGGCGGCUGCGGCUGCGGCUGCAGCGAAGGUUUACGAGCCGUGGACGCUCACGCGCAAUUUCACCAUCGUUGCGGAUGAGUCACUGCCGUCGCGACCGUUGCUCAACUUGGGUUUCGUGAAGAGCAAGAUCCGGAUCGCGAGCGGCGUGACGCUGUUGGUGCGGCACAUCAUCAUGGGCGACUUCAGGAGCGGGCUGCUGACCCAGGCCCCUGGGUUCGACCUGGCGGCGCCCACGCUGUUGCCCACACCGACCAGUCCGCCAGGGCUUCUGCUGCACAACGAAACCACAGUGCUGUAUGGCGUGUGCUUCCCCAAGCCGGUGUGGGCUCAGGCGCUGGGCGGCGUGGCGCGCCCGCCGGAGCUGCCGCCCGCCAACCAGACCUGGUCGCUCAGCAUGCCGCAAGACGGCUGCGUGAACAGCACCAGCAGCACCAGCUACGGCACCGGCAACAGCAACAGCAGCACCGGCUCUGGUGCCAGCACCGCCACUGCCGCCGCCGCAUCCGCAUCCAUCAGCCUUUCAGGCGGCAGCACAGGCGGCAGCACAGGCAACGCCACCAGCUUCACGUCAUCAAGCACGGCGGGGCUGCUGCAGCCGCCGCUGCCGUCACGGUGUUGGAGCGACGCCGGCAUGAUCCCAGACAUGGGUUUCAUGGGCGCGGACGCGGACGCCACCGGGCGCCUCCUUCCCAACCACUACAACCUGUGGCUCACCAACGUCACCUACCUCUGUGCCAACACAAUGUCACUUGAAUGCAUUCGUGCUUAUCAGCCGUACGGGUGUGCGGUUUCGCUGAUCAACAAGACAUUGGGAGCGCUGCCCUGGGAUGCUCCGCUGAGCGCCGUCACGCCGGGCAGCGGCAACGACAGCGCGGCGGCUGGCGGCGGCAGCGGCGGCGGCAGCGGCGGCGGCAGCACUGCUGCCGUGACUUCAAGUGAGGCAGGCAGUGGAGGCGAUGGAGGCGGCGGCAGUGACAACACGGCUCUGGCUGUGGGGCUGGCGGUUGGGCUCGGAGGCGCCACACUGCUCGCAGCAGUCGCGGUGACUGCGGUGGUAGUGAGGCGGCGGCGCCAGGCGCGGGGAGGCGCCGGCGUCUGCGGCGGCGUCUGCGGCGGCGGAAAGGGGGCGGAGGCGGGCACAGGCGGCAUCACGCCUAGCAGUAUGGACUACGCGGCAAAAUGCAACGUCAACGGCCCCGGCGCGGAGGGUGACGCUUGUGCAGACAUUCUAGGCUCCGGCGGCAGCAUCUCUGCCAAGGGGCAACAGCUCCAGACACAGAGGCUCAGCACCGGCGCGGCGCCCACGCCCUCGUGCGGCUCACACAACGGCCCGGCCAUCGCCGCGCCCAGCGGCCGUGGCGGGCCGCGGAGCGCCGGGCCCAGUGCCGGGCAUGGCGCCGGCGGCAGCGGCGCAGGGCUGGAGGACAGCCGCGGCGGCAGCGACCCGCUCGCGCACUCGGCGGCGGGGGCAGCCAGCUCCAGCUCGGCCGCGGGCUUGGGUACGGGCGACGCGGCUGGACCCGCGGGGAUGGGGCUAGGGGCUGACGGAAUGGGAGGAGGAGGGGGCGGCGGCGGAGGAGGAGGAGGAUUCCAGCAGCAGCCGACAUCGAGCAUAGGCACAGAUGGCCACGCCGGCGCCGGCAUGCUGACGGGCCAGCCUGCGGACCUGGUGGGCACUGGCGGCGACGGCACCAGUCGGGACGGGGUGGUCAAGAGCCGCAUGCUGUACCCGGACCAGGACGAACACAUGGUGGUGACGCCGCUGACGCCGCCUCGAGCCGACCUGGCACUGGGCGAGGCGGCAGUGAACGAGGUGGUGCUGCUGCCGGUGGUGCUCGGCAAGGGGGCGUUCGGCCGGGUGUACGAGGGGAUGUAUCAGGGCGACAGAGUGGCGGUCAAGGUGAUGCGGGACACCGCGGAGCAGGGCACACCGCCGGAGCACAUCAAAGCCUCCUUCACCACCGAGGUCGAGGUGCUGGCGAGGUGUCAGCACCCCAACGUGGUCAAGCUGCUGGCGGCGUGUGUGCAGCCGCCCAAGUGGAUCCUGGUAAUGGAGCUGGUGGAGACCAGCCUGGAGAAGCUGGUCUACGGCAAGACGCCCGACCACCAAUUGAUGCCGCUGAGCAAAGUGCUCGCCAUCGCACUGGACGUGGCGAAAGGGCUGGAGUAUCUGCACCCGACAAUCCUCCAUCGAGACUUGAAACCCGCCAACAUUCUAAUCAACAACCCACAGUCAGAUUGCCCCGUCGCCAAAAUCACGGAUUUUGGAGUGUCUCGCCUUCGCUCAACGGUGCUCAUCACGAAACACCCAGAGGCCGGUACGCCCGCCUACAUGGCUCCUGAGACCUUUGACGUCGCAAACUACACACUGAGCCACCACAUCGACAUGUACAGUUUCGGCGUCCUGGUGUGGGUGAUGCUCACGGGCCAGCACCCCUGGCAGGGCCUGACCAUGGUGGAGGUCGCCUAUAAGGUGACCAUCAACCACGAGCGCCUGCCGCUGUCCGCCAUCGCGCCAGAUCGGGCUCACCCACGCGUCCUAGCCAUGAUAAAGCAGUGCUGGGAGCACGAGCCGCGCCGCCGGCCCGCCGCCAGCGAGGUCGUGAAGGAGCUGCAGAUGAUCAUGCAGUCCCUGUCACUGCCCGGGCCCGUUGGCUCGUCGGCGCCGCCCUCCCAGUCCUCGAGCUCCACGCUACACCUGCCGCCGCCAUUGCAGCAGCAGCAGCAGCAGCAGCAGCAGCAGCAGCAGCAGUACUUGCGGCGCUUCGCGCAGCCGCCGGUCUGGCCGCCGCAGCAGCCGCCGCUGCCGCCCAUCCCGGCCACGGCGCAACUGCAGCCGCACCCUACGGUGCAGGCGCAGCAAGCACUGGUGCAGCUGCAGCAGCUGCUGUUGCAGGGGGCGCUGCCUUUGGCGGCGCCGACGGCCGCGCAGCCCCUCUACAGUGGCGCGCCGCCGGCCCCCCUGCUUCAGGACUUGCAGCAAGUGUUGCCGCACGUGCAGCAGCUGCAGCUUCAGGUGCCGGCAUCACCUCCGCAACAGCAGUAGUGGUUGCUGCACCAGCUGUGGCAGUAGCUGUGGCAGUAUCAGUGGCAAUAGCUACGGGCCUAUGGCAGUAGAUAGCUGUGGCAGUAGCUGUGCGUGGCGGCGUGCUGGAAAGCAGGGGUUGGAUGGCGGCCGGAUGGCGGCCGGGGAUGACUGCGUGCCCUGGGGAGCCUACAGAACCCAUCUGAAAUAACAUCGGCAGGUGGGACGCCUGGGCACAUGGCUAUGGAAGGACGUAAGGCAAGCUGUUUGCUUGCCAGGAAUGAGAAUAAUGCAUGAUUACAAAGCACGGUGCAGUGCACAACAACACAAACUUCAAAGAGCUUGACAACGUUGCAGAGCUGGGUUGUCUCCGGUUCCAAGUAAUGCGCUUAAGCAUAUCUCAGGCAGGCCGCUUUGGUGCCUCAGGUGGCGUAUACUGCUGUGCUUGUGUUUGGACUCGCACUGGCUACAGCGGUGGCUGCAGCCAUGUUUGGCAUUGAUGCGGACUUUCAGACACGGAACGCGCCUGUGGAGAAUGGCGUUUGCAUAGGCCGCGCGUGACCCUUGUUCGUAUUGCAGUAAUUGCAGCUGAUUCAACUAUUCUGAUUUUCAUCUGGCAACGCGCACGUUGUGUACGGCCGUGGCCAUGGCUGGAUCCUUUCGACGCCAUCCGCGGGCAUCAAAGCCCCGGGAUGGAAAUAUCUCAAGACACACUGCCAAAGCGACACGGUCGUUGUGAUUCACGUCUCUCUGACACAAACAUGCUUUGCCUCACGGUACCCAGGCCCACCGUUAUGAACUCAUGAAACCAAGGUGUGAGUGGGGUUUGGAUCUAGUUGGAAGGAAGGAAGUGUGAGGCAACCGGCGGUGCACAUGCUGCUGCACCCAGGUUCCUGCCGACACCUUUUCCAUGGCUUCCAGUCCAUGCCCUCAAAAUGACAAUUGGAAAGCGAGUGGCUGCAUUGGAGGACAGCUUGGUGGCCUUGUGGAGAAUGGAACAAGCUUCCCGGUAAGCGCGCCUGCAGGCCCUACUGUCUCCUGAAUGCUCGGCUGGUAAUAAGCGUUUGACAGGUGCUGGGUUUUACGUACGUGAAGCAGGGAAAUGUGCUGUCGCUGCCCUUCAGUAUAACAUUCAAUGGCCGUGGGGCUGCAUGCUUGCAUGCUGCAUCAGUCCUGCCAGCCUGCCUUUGUUAGGGCGGUGCGGUGUUGGUACCGGAGGUAAGCAUGAGCGACUGCGGUUCAUUUUCCGAGACUAGCUGUCGAGGCCAGUUUGUCAUAUGCUGGCAAUCAGAAAUACAGGAAUGCCAAACUCGUGAUGGGGCGCACAAACGGUAUGGUGCUGCCGUCGUUCUCCGUGCAUGCAUGUGCCACGUCGUGCGUCUUGGUCGUGUUUCUUGUACAGGACGUCGGUUCUCGAAUGUGAGUGGUCCUUACUAACGCCUUGCAAUCGCAACCCGUACAUCCACAAAGUGGUAGCUGCAUUCCUAGGCGCGCGGCCCUCUCUGGGUUUGGGCGUACUGCUCUGACCAGUCAUUUAUAAUGCGCCUGCUAUUAUAACCGGCGGGGCGGGAACCUGACUUGUUGCAUGUUGCAUGUGUAGGUGUCCAUGCUUGGCGGGCAGUUGUGGAUGGGUUCAAUCAAAGGGUACCGAAGGUGUGUGUGUGUGUCGCGAGGUGGCGUGUGUGAGCGCAGGCUGCGCUGCGCUGCUAGCGAUUUUGGACGUUGCCUAGGCAGGGCUUAGAGGGGAAGCAUGCGCGUAGCACGGGCAAGUGGCGCACACGGAGUGUGUGUGUUUUCGUGGGUGUCAGGUGCUGCAGACUGUCGAACGCAAUGUCGGCAUGGCCGCGCGCCGCGGCCGGUGAGUGAGGAGCGAGGAUUCCGCGUGUUGAACUGUACCACAACUUGCUGGGCUGCAUUGCUGGGCUGAUGGUCCUCUCUACGGCGUGCUCUAGUCAGCCAUCCCAUACAUGUUCGGCCACGCAGGGGGGGGGGUAAGAAUGCCGCAGACAUACCCCACCCUUCAAAUUGAAAGAGCUUGACGAGAGCGUUCAGAAUCCGCUUUCAGAACUUUGAUCAGGGUAGUAAUUGCGGAGAUAUGGGCCCCCAAAGUUCAGGGUCGGUCGUCGGUCCCCGCGGUCCCCAAGGUUUCGUCACGGUGUGCCGGAAACUUUCGUCUGGGCCUCAUAAGACAGCCGUGCAAGCCCAGACCGUUGCCCAAAGCAUGUAAUGGAUGCUUUUU